AUGGAACGGGCGAUUGGACCGGCGGAUCGGUGCGGCUUCUGCAGUGAUGCGGACUUUCUGCAGCGGUCCAUCGUGGUGAAGGAGGAGCUGAGCCGAAAGGCGAAGCUCUCGAUUACCGUCGAGGGUCUACGUUCCUACCCUCACCUAUGUCACGAGCUUGGGGUGCUGGGCUCUCCCGUAGCGAUCGUGUGGAACGCUCGGGCCAUCCGCGAGGAGCUCAGUCAGCAGCGCGAGCAUGUUCACCCCUCCGCUGCGACUGCAAAUGAAGAGCGCAUGCGCCGAAACGACCGCUGGCUGAUCCCGCCCUGGUUUAGAUCAAGUUUGUGUGAGCUGAUGUGGAUCCAGACCAAGCUCAGAGAGUGGACGGGAAAACUGGCUUUUGAGCAGCUGCAGAAAGGAAACCUGAUCUUCUAUGAAUCAGACCUGACAGAGUGUGGCAUCGAUAUCAGAGCAGCCUCAGUGUACUCAGGAGUGUUCACACAGAUCUUUAAAGAGGAGAGAGGACUGCACCAGGACAAGGUGUUCUGCUUCGUCCAUCUGAGUGUUCAGGAGUUUCUGGCUGCUCUUCAUGUCCAUCUGACCUUCAUCAACUCUGGAGUCAAUCUGCUGUCAGAAGAACAACCAACAUCCAGGUGGUCUAAAGUCUUCAGAGACAAACCUGAACUAACACAUCUCCACCAGAGUGCUGUGGACAAGGCCUUACAGAGUCCAAAUGGACACCUGGACUUGUUCCUCCGCUUCCUCCUGGGACUUUCACUGCAGACCAAUCAGACUCUCCUACGAGGUCUGCUGACACAGGCAGGAAGUGGUUCAAAAACCAGUCAGGAAACAGUCGAGUACAUCAAGAAGAAGAUUGAAGAGACUCCCUCUGCAGAGAGAAGCAUCAACCUGUUCCACUGUCUGAAUGAACUGAAUGAUCGUUCUCUAGUGGAGCAGAUCCAACAGUCCCUGAGUUCAGGAAGUCUCUCCACAGAGAAACUCUCUCCUGCUCAGUGGUCAGCUCUGGUCUUCAUCUUACUGUCAUCAGACAAAGAUCUGGACGUGUUUGACCUGAAGAAAUUCUCUGCUUCAGAGGAGGCUCUUCUGAGGCUGCUGCCAGUGAUCAAAGCCUCCAAGAAAGCUCUACUGAGUGACUGUAACCUCUCAGAGAGAAGCUGUGAAGCUCUGUCCUCAGUUCUCAGCUCCCAAUCCUCUAGUCUGAAAGAUCUGGACCUGAGUAACAACGACCUGCAGGAAUCAAGAGUGAAGCUGCUGUCUGCUGGACUGGAGAGUCCACACUGUACACUGGAAAGUCUCAGGCUGUCAGGCUGUCUGAUCACAGAGGAAGGCUGUACUUCUCUGGCCUCAGCUCUGAGCUCCAACCCUCCCAUCUGAGAGAGCUGGACCUGGCUACAAUCAUCCCGAGGA